GGACCAGUUGAUUUCUUGUUUUGCAAGACAAUUUGGUUAUGGUGAUCUUGUAUGGAAGGAUGCUGCGUCAGUAUCGUCAGACAAUGGGGAAACUGAAUGAGGUUACAAAUGUAUGCCAAAGAUGAUUAAACGAUAUAAAGAUGAGAAUUCAAAAUAGCCGGUCAAUUUCUCUCAGAUGAAUCCACCUGACACCACACCUGUGGCUGCUCGUCUUCGUUCACAACAUGGUUCAGAUGAUCGCUUUGUAGUUGAAGAAGAGAAUCGGCGCAUUGGAUGGUCCAGCUAUACAAAAAAAGAAUUCCCUGCUCAAGUUUCAAGUAAGGAUCAAUUGCAUGAUGAGUUGGAAGCAGCAAGCAGUACAGAAAUUGGGCCUUUGAAUUGUCUUGAUAAGGGGAAAGAUGUGAAACAUUGCAUGCAAAUGAGUACAAAUCCGGCCUCAGAAGGGCAGAGUGAAGGAGAAGCAGAUAAAGGGAAACAAUUUACUGCAUGUGCUGGUUCUCAGGGGAGUGGAGAAGGCGUAACUUCUCCAGUUACAGCUGGGAUCGCUCGUCCUUUUUCUUUUUCCCACCUAGGUAACAAACUUCCGUUUAAGAAAAGAAGACCUUAUAACUACACAGAGACUGAAGUAGAGAUGGAAAGAGAUAAAGUAGAAGAUGGCUUGCUAGAAGUAAAAGUGGAAGAUGGGGUAAUGGAAGCAAAAGAAAGAUGGGUGCCUGUAGAAGUUGAAACGGAAAAUCAGUUAGCAGAAGUUAAGGAAGAUGAGCCAAAAGAAGUGAAGGCUGACGAUGCAACAGCUGACAAGGAAGAUGAAUCACUCGAGGAGGGGGAACUGAGAGAGGAAACUGAGGAGGAGACAAAAAAAAUGGGUGGGCAUGAACUCUUCAAUGAAGAUGAAGAUUACCAGAGGACUCAGAGCAUUAUCCGCACUGUUACCUGUGGGUCGUAUGUACCUCAUCUGGCCAUUGAUGAGAACCAGGAGGACAGCAAAAAAGAAGAACUUGGUCUAGAAGAGACAGCAGGUGAACCAAUUGAGAAGCCAAGAAGGGGAAGGAAGAGGCGCAGAUCUGGUGCUAGCUCUAGCAGCGAUGAGCCUCGUCAGGGAAGGCGAGAACUAAAGAGAGGAAGGCCAAAGAGGAUGCAAGAUCCAGUUGAGGCAAAUCAAGGGUGUGUAGAUAUUGCCCCAAGAAGAGGUCGCUCCAAGGGGGAUACAGAGGCAUCAUUUCAUUCAUACAAUAGGUACCCAAGAAGAGGUUGUUCCAAGAAGGACACAGAGGAGUCCUUUUCUCCAAACAAAAGGAAGCCAAGAAGGGGUCGCUCCAAGAGGAGCACAGAGGAAUCACCUCAUUCAAACACUAGGUACUCUCUCGAUACAGAGGAAUCGUCUUCUUCAAACAAUAGGAAGACAAGAAGGGGUCACCCCAGGAGGAGCACAGAGGAAUCACCAGAUUCAAACAAUAGGAAUGCUGAAAUGCCAAAGCCUAAGAGGGGAGGCCAAAGAGGGUGAAGGAUUAACCAGCCAGCCAGUUAAUGUAAAACAUACGGACUCCGAUGUCUUAUAUCAUUAUAAGACUUUGGUAGAGUUUCUCUUGUAAUAAAUGACUCCAUAGUCUGCAAGUAUAUUUCUAUGCCUUAAAACUUUUAGGAUUUCUGUUUUAUGGUCUAUAACAGAAGAGACCAAAGUGAAAGCUGAAAACUUGUAUUUGUAGUGCAUAUUUACCAAUGUGUCAAUGCAAUAUGCUAUUAUCAAUUA